AUGAGCAGUCCCACCACCGGCCGCCAGCGCGGUACUGCCUCCAAAGCGCCCCGGAAGACACCUAACAACAACCCCGACGUUAACCGCAGGGAGAACCAGCAACGUGCGCGUGCGCCUAGCGGCGCUACCCCACGGGUGCACACCCGAAAGCGCUCGAGAUCUGGACCGACUUCCGCCCUCGCCGACGAAGACGAUGAUGACGACUUCGAUUCAGAGCACGACGUCAAAGUCAAAAAAGGCCGCACUACCUUCGACGAAAACGGGUACUUCAAAGAAGGCAACAAGAGCAUGCGUUACUUUGGACCUGGGUUCACGGACCUAUACUCGCCGUCCGUAUUGCAUCGACUCAUCCAUACCGGACUGUACAACCAGAUGCCGCCCCGCGAUGUGCUUCAGAGGCCUUUCCAUCCACUGCACAGUGUUGUGACCCCCUCACAAUUCGAUCUAUCCGUCUUCACUAUCCCGCUGACCGCGUUGGAGAUUCUUACGUUCUUUCUCUUACAUGCGCAGAUUCCCGAAGUACAAGCCCGUUUCGCACAGAGCGGAAUCAACCCCAGAUUCCAGGCUUGGAUCAUUAAUCGUCAGCACCUUCUCCAAGGUCUGGACUGUCUCUUCGGUAUGGACGCACGCACCUGGGUGAAAGACUGGAAGAAGAAGAAGGGAGUGACAAAGCCUGUCAAAGGAGCUGCACCGCAGCCACCGCAGUCGAUCAUCCACACGACCGGUCACUACACGUUCACACCCGGUGUCAACCGACACACGGGCUUCGACAUCGCCAAGACACCAUACGCGCUUAUCGAUUGCGCUGAGGGUGUUCAUCCGUGCAAUUUCCCCCAGGGUCUUGACCGCGGUCCCUUCACUGAAGCCCUCUUCCAAGCGCAGGUCAUGAAUUGCUCGAGGCUUCUGCUGGCUGAUCUCGAUGCUUUCAUUGCGUAUUGGCUCAUCGAUCGAAAUCUUCAGGCCGGCUACAGCGAUGUGGGGUUUCUGAAGAGGUGUGUGGCGUUGCAUGAGGAAUAUCGGGCUAUGGUUAGGAAGGACGUUGAGGCUCACGGCUAUAGGUGGGAGGACUGA